CCGCUGUCUAGUCGGGCCCUCCAAGGUCGUGUAAAUAAAAGCGCGGUUGAGUUUAGAAGUGAACAGCUUUCAUUCCGAAAUCUGACGACAAGGUUCUACUGUUGACCAUCGAAUUGUUUAAACGUCACAUUUGUGUUACUGCUACUAUUAUCUGAUAAUAUUGCCUACUGAAUACUUCAACUGGACAGAUAUCACUAUGCAGAUAUAUACUUCUGAAAAGCGCGGUUCAGAUACAACCGGAGAUGGAACAGAAAAAGCUCCUCUGAAAACGGUUCUUCAGGCUAUCAUCAAGUUAGAUGGAAAAAUUGAAGCAGAUACACAUAUCUGGGUUGAUGGUGCUGGGGACGAAAUGUGGGAUGUCGUAUCUAAAUCUAAAUUAAAAAAGAUAAUGAAACAAUAUCAUAUUCAAGAAAGAAAACAUGAAAAGGUGCCACAGAUAAAACCAUCAGCUGAAAAUGGUGAUCUUAGCAAAGCAAUGGAUGUUCAACUGACUUUAAACACUGAAUUAUCUAAAGUAGAAUGUAAAGUUCGUGCUUUACAAGGUUUAUGCGAUAAACGUGUUCAUGUAUAUGGUUGGGUGCAUCGAAUACGUCGUCAGAGUAAAACUUUAAUGUUUAUUAUACUUCGUGAUGGUACUGGAUUUGUGCAGUGUGUUUUUUCAAAUGACCUGUGUCUAACUCAAGAUGCAAUCACACUAUCACCAGAGUCUACCAUUGAAGUUUAUGGAGUGGUAAAACAAUUGCCAGCUGGUAAAUCAGCCAUUGGUGGUAUUGAAUUGAUUGCUGAUUAUUGGUCAGUAAUUGGUAAAGCACCAUCUGGUGGUGUUGACUCUGUGCUAACUGUAGAAAGUGAUAUAGACACUCAAUUGGACAAUAGACAUUUAGUUAUUCGAGGCGAGAAUACAGCGAAAGUGCUCAGACUAAUCAGUGUUGCUUUGGCAGCUUUUCGUGCACAUUACAUAGAUCGUGGUUAUGUUGAGGUUUUACCGCCAACAUUUGUUCAAACUCAAGUUGAAGGUGGUUCUACACUAUUUUCUUUGAAUUACUUUGGUGAGACUGCAUUCAUGUCUCAGUCAUCUCAGCUGUAUUUAGAAACAUGUAUACCUGCUGUAGGUGACUGCUUCUGCAUCACCCGUAGCUAUCGAGCUGAGAAAAGUAGAACUCGGCGCCAUUUAUCUGAAUAUAAUCACGUCGAAGCAGAAUGUCCAUUUAUCGAUUUGAAUGGUUUAUUAGAACGAAUUGAAGAUCUAGUUGUUGAUGUUUGUGAUCGCAUAAUGAAACAAUCCGGUGAUCUGCUGUUAGAUGUGAACCCACAAUUCAAAAUACCUAAAAGUCCUUUUAAACGACUGAAAUACGAAGAUGCAAUUGUUCAGUUAAAUGAUUUAGGCAUUACAAAAGAAGAUCUUACACCUUUUCAAUUUGGUGAUGAUAUUCCUGAAGCUCCGGAACGUCGACUUGUAGAUACAAUUGGCGAACCAGUUCUAUUAACUAAUUUUCCUGCUGGAUUAAAAGCUUUCUAUAUGUUACGAACGAAAGGUGAUCAACGUCUAACUGAUUCGGUUGAUCUACUUGUCCCAGGUGUUGGUGAAUUAGUCGGUGGAUCAAUGCGUAUGGAUAAUAUUGACGAUUUACUCAAAGGAUAUCAAUCCGAAGAAAUAGAUCCAACCCCAUAUUAUUGGUAUACAGAUCAGCGCAAAUUUGGAACUUGUCCACAUGGUGGCUAUGGACUAGGCUUUGAACGAUUUUGUACUUGGCUUUUAGGCAAAGAUCAUAUACGAGAUGUUUGCCUAUAUCCUCGUUUCACAAGUCGUUGUCGACCAUGAGUAGUUGUAGUAGUAGUAGCUGCAUCUCAACCUCUAAAUGAAUGUAUUCUGUUUUGUUUUGUUGUUUUUAUUGAAAUGACCAGUACAAAAAUGUGACAUGCAUAUACAUAUAUAUAUAUCUAUAUAUAUUUAUCGAUGGCUUCAUUGUUCAAUAUGAUGAUUUACACUUUCUUGCAUUUUUUUUCCGAUGGAUGUUAAAUAUAAGCCACUAAUCAUUUUGG